UGCCGCACGCGACGUCUCCAUUUACGGAGGAUGUAAUACGUUCUUUUCCGAAAAACUAUUGCAGGCGAAGCCACGUCCCCAACGUGCACGGGCGUCGCUAGCUACAGGUCAUUUUCCAUCGGCUUCUUUCACCUUUCACAAAGAUCUUAUGCCUUUUCGGGAACAUUUCACCAUCGCGGAAACAAUCUCACGUUACACCCCUGACUUCCCAUUCAGAUUUGCCGCUCUCACGGAAGUUCGCUUGUUUGCAGCAAGUCCUGGCGCCGCCGACAAAACGUGUUCAAAAAUGCUGUGUGCAUUGGGAUGUGCCAUCGAGUUCAUGGAUACUAGCUUUGAAUUUGAGGGGAACUGGUUCGUGCAAUCCCUUGCUGCCGAGUCAUUUUCCAGAAGCCGCAGUAGAGUCUGUUCAGCGUUGCCAAGUAGCCCAGAGCAACGUGCUGCUUCCUGUAGGAUGCCAGCUGAUGCGGCCUCAGUGCCUGGAAAAAUGUCUCUGUUCACUUUUCCCGUUCGUCUGAAGCAUGCCUCCAGCUUCUGGUGGGUGGUGUUCCUUUACCUCGCAGGAAUUACUCUGGAGAUGCCAGUUUCCGGUCAGUCUGCCUCAAUGUUUUCCCCUGAGUUCUUAUGCCUCGGAGCGGCAUGCGACCUGAUCAAGUGUAGUAGCAAUGCAGAGUGUCCUCCAUUUCACACAUGUACCGGCUACUCCACGUCGGUGUUUGGGAAAGGAACGGGACUGUUUGGGGGAAAUGGACUUGGCCUCGGUCAGCUUCUGGGGCAACCUAUCAGGGGAUCGGGAGGUUUUCUCUCGGCAAGCCCUGCAGUUGCCGCCGGCGUGGUUGACGGUGUCUGGAGUGCGCUGGCACCAGAGUUAAAGCCGCCUAUCAAAACCUUGUUCAAUCCCAACUUCUGCGAGCCGUCUGAGCUGCGACAACCCUCCAAUAUUGUGACGCCCGGAGGGUACUUCGUUACAACAGACAUGCAAGCGUGGGCACCUCCCGGACCCGAAAGGAUCGUCGACCUCCCGGAAGCCAGCACGGUCGGCACUCUAUACAACACGCCGUCGAUAAAUCAAGCUUUCGCUUUUCGGUCCGCGACUCGCCAACCCGACCGAGAGAGUCCAGCCACUAGAAAGGACGCAGCGUCGAGUGCAAAGCGGCCGUCUCUGCCGCAGGCUUCUAUCAACGGGGGCCUGAUACAGUUUUCACAAGACAUGAACCAGAACGGUCAGACUGUGAUGGUUGCUCGGUCAGUGUACGAGGGACCAGAGAACAGCGUCGAUGGAGGUUUGCCAACUGGGGCUGAAGGCAGCUCUUGGAAGGCACAAAACUCGAACAACACGCGCUCGGCAGAGGCGGAGUCCUUGCCUCGAGCAAGUCAACCAAAAAGCACGCGUGCUGCUGACGCUCCAACUGCCUCAGCUUUCCGCCCCCGGAAAUACAAAGAAGUGCAUUCCACCGUCCUCACCUCAGAUCCGGCGUCGGCCGCCGUGAGCAUGGUGAGAGAAGAACCCCUUCCGGGUGUGCCCCCGGCACAGACGCAGUCGGCGACAGAGCCGCUGAAACCUUCCCUAAAGGUGGAAUCGCAGUUGAGCCUUCUCUUUGGAAGUGAUGGAGAGACCCAGUCGGUGCCACUGGAUGAGAAAAAAAAACCUACGCUAACCACUGCUCCGCCACCUGGCAAAGCUUUGGAGGAAACCGUCCAAUCGUACAUCAUGCAGCAGAUCCAGGCACUCGAUGACACGCAAGUUGACCUCCUCUUUCAAAAGCUGCUGGGAGAUACUUCUCUGUUUGAUGAAACAUCCAAACCAGGCAACAGCCAAGUGGUAAGGAGCCUACAGAUGUCUGAAAAGACGAACUUCCCAGAGGGCUUGGACGCUCUGUUCGACCUGGGGCUCCUGGCCGCCGGCGCCGCCGCCAUUGAAUUUUUCCCUUUCAACAAGCAACCAUUGGUUAGCUCAGUUGGAGUGCAGAAUCCGAUUCAGUUCGGCAUGAAUGUCAUGAACGCCAAGUGGGAGGCGCAGAUCCACUGCCUGACGCCAGUGGCAACGGCUUACUCUCCUUUGGGAACCGUCAUUGUGGAUCUGGCCAAUCGCAGCGACUCGCCGUCGAUAAUCCGGAAUGACUUGUUUGAAGCUUUCAUCAAGGGGAACAGAGACAACAGCCGCAAACCUUUAGUGUCAGUUGUCGAGGUCUCCAAUUUGCGGGAUGUUCGUCGAGACUUUGUGCUCAUUGUUUGUAGCCGACCUGGUCGAUUUACCACAAAGUUCCAGGUCGACAUCUCUUUCGCUGGUCAAGAAGGAACAGCGUCCAACGUGUGCCCCAUCGAAGUCUUGUGCCAGGAGGGCCUCGAGAUCCCGCCUUCUGAGCUGGCUCUGUUCUUCGAAACAGACGAAGAAGAGGGAGAGCAAGAAGAGUUGCCGCCCGCACCACCCACAGACAAACCCGAAAAGAAAAAGAAAAAAAAGAAAUGAGCACGUCGUGACACUAACCCAAAACGUUGGUGUCAUGUGUGGCGGUGGGGUACAUCUUUUGGUAACAGCCGCCCAAGAAAAUACAGCUCACAAAUUCCCCGUAAAAAAACAAGGAAUUUUGUUGCUCCCAUGGCCACGAGACUCUUCCUCCAGAGAGCACAGCCUGACGAUAGUUGAACGGAUCUGCUGCGGCAUCGACAUGCAAAUCCACGGCCAGCACAGCUGAUAGAACGAUUUCACGUUUUUGUGAGGCGCUGCGGGCAUUCUUUUUUUCGUCUUUUCUUAUCGCAAACUAUCCACGCCAUGAUGGAGUGCUGGACUUGCUUCUUCUGACAAUGGUUGAUGCGAAUCCCGUAGUCAUGGAUUCUGCUACGGUUUCCCUUUGUAUUCUGAGGGAACGCGCCUCUUUUGUGCACAUCAGCAAGUGCCGUGCCAAUCAAUGUCUCUUUCUGGGUUCCUUCGUUACCGAACUGACUAAUCGAUCGUCAGAG